AUGGCUUCAGCAACGAGUGUGCUCAUCGUGUGCAGCAUCCCGAAGAAGGAACAUGCGAAUGAGCCUGUGCGCAGUGAGCGGCAAGAGUGCAGUGGAAAGAAUACUCCGGAAAAUGUUAAUCAACAGGUGUGGAUUCAUUGCGAGAACAGCUCCAUAACGUUGUGUACCAUUAAAGUAGUCAGAUUUCGCAUAUUGAAAAGAAAAAAAUGCAUACACUCAUCAGGCCUUCAUCCCGAUUCUACGUUGUCACUCAUGUCCAGCUAG